UGAUCCAGAAGACCUGUCCUUGCUCAGGUUCGGGGCACUCUGGGAGGCUGAGUUUGCCCAUGAUUAUCUCCUGAUCUUCUCGACUGGGAGAUCGCUAAUCAGCUACAAGGAUUUGAGGAAAGAGAAGCCUCUGAUCACUCCGGACAUCACUGUCAUGUCUGUGGGAACUGUGAUAGCUUAUGGUGCAGAUAUGGUUCAUGAUAUUGACUGGGAGGAGUAUCUGAACAGCAACUGGGACCGGGAUAUCGUGGUCGAGGAGGCUGCAAAGUUCCCUCAGCUAAAGCCUCAGGCAUAUUUCCAUCCAGUUGCAUGCAUGGUCACGUUGUCUUUUUGUUUCGGGGCUGACGUUGAUUUUUUUUAUUUUUUAUUUUUUGAAAAGCAGACGCUGAGCUGAAUGCUCUCUGUGAGUAUCUUACUUCUGUUUGUAUGGAUGCAGCCGAAGAAUGAUCAGAGUCCCCAUAAGGUUUCCUUUUUGGUUGACAAGCAAUGUGCUCAGGAAGUGAUGCAUGCUCUCCCUCAGAAGUUGCAGAAUCGUGGGAUACAUGUAAAAAUAAUCUUCAGCUACGGUGUGCUUCUUGAUGUGUUACCUCAAGGUGCAGGAAAAGGGCAGGCUCUUCAAUAUCCGCUGAACAAGUUCAGUUUUCAGGGGAAAGCACCAAACAAUACUCUUGUUUGUGGUGACUCUGGAAAUGAUACAGAGUUAUUCAGUGUCCCAUCGAUCCAUGGCGUCAUGGUCAGCAAUGCCCAAGAGGAGCUUCUUCAGUGGUACGAAGAAAAUGCAACACAUAAUCCAAAGAUAAUUCAUGCAACGAAGAGAUGUGCCGCCGGUAUCAUGGAAGCUAUUGGACACUUCAAACUAGGACCUAGUGUUUCUGCUAGGGAUCUUGAACUCCCUUAUCCAAAGUUAGACAUCAUCAAACCUACAGAUGUGGUGGUGAAGUUCUAUGUUCUCUAUGAGAAGUGGCGGAGAGGCGAAGUUCAAAAGUCCUCAUCAGUAAUACAGUACUUGAAGAGCAUUGCUCAUUUGAAUGGAACAAUUAUUCAUCCUUCUGGAUUGAAGCAUUCUCUUCAUGCAUCCAUUGAUACACUUAGUUCGUGCCAUGGUGACAAACAAGGCAAGAAGUUCCGGGCAUGGGUGGACAGGCUUGUUACAUCACUGAUCGGUACUAGUAACUGGUUUGUUAAGUUUGAAAACUGGGAAAUGGAAGGUGAUGCUCGGUAUUGCUGCCACACAACUCUUCAGCUGAAUAUGAAGCCUGAGAUUCCUGAGGGCCUGGAGCUGGUACAUAUCCACAAGACCUGGCUUGAAGGACACUCUGCAGGGACAGGGAGUGAGCAAAUGUUCAUCAUCUAG